CUGUCCUUUACUUUCAGCGGGGCGUGGUCUGCACUGCUUAAAGUUGAGCCCAGCUUUCUCACUGUGAGCUGCACCAGGACUGCAGGUACAGCGGAAGUGGGAAGAAGAUGGGUCCUUCCAUGGGGGAAGCUCAAAGAGAUUCAGCCGCUCCGUCCGAUCAUCUCCAGCUCAGUGGAGAUGCUAAUAAUCCAGAGAAGGCCCAGGCCCUGGUGUCUGAGAACAACCUCUGCGUGCAGUAUGAGGAGAGGGUGCGGCCCUGCAUCGACCUCAUCGACUCCCUGCGGGCCCUGGGCGUGGAGCAGGACCUGGCCCUUCCCGCCAUCGCUGUCAUUGGGGACCAGAGCUCGGGCAAGAGCUCCGUGCUGGAGGCUCUGUCAGGAGUCGCCCUCCCCAGGGGCAGCGGCAUCGUGACCAGGUGCCCACUGGUGCUGAAGCUGAAGAAGCUGAGGCAGGAUGAGGAGUGGAGAGGCAAGAUCAGCUACUUGGGCUUUGAGGAAGACAUCCUGGAUGUUUCCAAGGUGGAAGAGGAAAUCCUCAAAGCCCAGAACAUCAUCGCUGGAGACGGGCUGGGGAUCAAGGAUGAGCUCAUUAGUCUAGAGAUCGGCUCCCCCAGUGUCCCGGAUCUCACUCUCAUCGACCUUCCUGGGAUCACCCGGGUGCCUGUGGGCAAUCAGCCCGCUGACAUUGGUCGCCAGAUCAAGCGCCUCAUCAAGAAGUACAUCGCAAGGGAGGCGACCAUCAACUUGGUGGUGGUCCCCAGCAAUGUGGACAUCGCCACCACAGAGGCGCUGAGCAUGGCACAGGAGAUGGAUCCCGAAGGAGACAGGACCAUAGGAAUCCUGACAAAGCCUGAUCUAGUGGACAGAGGCACCGAGGACAAGGUGGUGGACGUGGUACAGAACCUGGUGUGUCACCUGAAGAAGGGCUACAUGAUCGUCAAGUGCCGUGGGCAGCAGGACAUCCAUGAGCGCCUGAGCCUUGCCGAGGCCCUGCAGAGGGAGAGGGCCUUCUUUGAGGACCACCCACACUUCAGGGUGCUAUUGGAGGACAGAAAGGCCACUGUGCCCUGCCUGGCAGAGAGGCUGUCUGAGGAGCUCAUCGCACACAUCUGUAAAUCUCUGCCACUAUUGGAAAAUCAAAUAAAGGAUCUCCAUGAGAAAACAGCAGAGGAAUUACAGAAGUUUGGCUUGGACAUCCCAGAAGAUGACAGUGAGAAAACAUUAUUCCUCAUAGAGAAAAUCAAUGCAUUUAAUCAGGACAUCAGUGCUCUAGUGGAGGGGGAGGAAAACGUAGGCGCUGAGGGCACCCGGCUGUUUGCCAGACUCCGAAAGCAGUUCCUGUCAUGGAGUUCUAUGAUCAAGGAGCACUUUGCAAAGGGUUAUGAUGGUUUACAACAUGAAAUCUGGAAAUUUGAAAACCAGCAUCGUGGCCGAGAGCUGCCCGGGUUUGUGAACUUCAGGACAUUUGAGAAGAUCAUCAAACGGCAACUCCAGGCCCUGGAGGAGCCAGCCGUGGACAUGCUGCACCAGGUCACCGAUACGGUCCGGAAAGCCUUCACAGAUGCGUCUGAAAAGAACUUCACUGAGUUUUUUAACCUCUACAGAACCACCAAGAACAAAAUCGAAGACAUUCGAUCGAGCCAGGAAGAUGUGGCGGAGAAGGCAAUCCGCGUUCACUUCCAGAUGGAGAAGCUUGUCUACUGCCAGGACCAGGCCUACCGGGAUGCACUACACAAGGUCAGAGAGGAGGAGAACGAGGAGCAGGACAAGUGCAGGGGCUCUCAGGCUUCGACCAACAAUGCUAUGAUGGAAAUCCUCCAGCACCUGAAAGCCUACUACCAGGAGGUUCACAGCCGCAUCUCCACCCACAUCCCCUUGAUCAUCCAGUACUACGUCCUGCAGCUGUUUGGCCAGCACCUACAGAAUGCCAUGCUGCAGCUGCUGCAGGACAAGGAGGGCUGCGCCUGGCUCCUGAAGGAAAGGAGUGACACCAGCGAGAAGAGGAAGUUCCUGAAGGAGCGGCUGGCUCGGCUGGGCCAGGCCCGGCGCAAGCUCGCCAAGUUUCCCUGUUAACCUGGCUCCCGGGCCUCAAGGGAGGACGCCCUGAGCCUCUCCUGAAGGCCAAGCGAGGGAGAUGGAGUCUCUCAGCAGGUUCUCAGUAGUCAGUGGCAGAGGCAGCCCUCUGUUCUUUAUGCAGUAUCACAUGGGACCAAGAGGAGAGCAGUUUGAUUGCCAGCCGUAAGAGGGCAGUCCCACCACAAGCACAGGCUGCAGACUGGAGGGAAGAUGGCACCAUCCUGAAGGGACAAGGCUAUCUCUGUAGGGGCCACUGCUCAUUCCGACUCCUUCUGUGCCAGGAGGUAGACCAUGAGGCUUAGCCGCCAGAAAGGUUCCUUCCUGUUCUCUCCACAAUGUCCUCUGGAACCAGCCUUGUAGCAGUGGCCUGGGACUUGCAGAGCCCUGGCUUCCUCUGAGCAAAUGUGUGAGCCUUGUGUUUUUGCAGGGAGGCCAAGCACAGCAGCAGGAGGCACAGGUAGCAGUAAGUAUGGGCUCUAAGCUGUCUGUUGGUGGCUUGGUAGAGGGAGGGAUUAUAGCAGGCUCCUCCUCUGCUGGGCUUUGGGGUAGAGGAUAUGUUCAAAACUAUGCCCACACUUGGUUGUACAGCUGGCAGCAAGCCUGCUAGUUGCCAGCGCAGAAGAGCCAAGGGAAGACACUGAGUACUGGGCUCAGCUAGGGACCCCAGCCAGACGGCAGGCAACACGUGCACCAUUUCCUCCCCAGGGGACUGUCCAGUCCCUUGGCUUCUGUGUGGCCAAGACAGGCAGCACCAGCUAUGUGCUUGGGUUCCACCCUUCCCCGGCCUGCUUCUAGGUCCUCCCUGCACCAGGCCCUCCCUCCUACCGGACCUGUCAGAUGGCAGGAUGGGGUCAGAUUCCUACGGAGCAUUGUAGGGAGCAGAUGGCAUUGGAAAUUGGCUACACAUGUGGGAGAAGGUGAGGCUGGUCUGGGAAUGAAGAGUGCCUAGAGCAAGCAAGCUAGUUU